GCACGCUGGACAAUUGGAACCCAAAGGACCCCACCCCCUGCUCCUGGACGGGCGUGCAAUGCAACCCGUUCUCACAGCAGGUGGUAGGUCUAGACCUCUCAGCCGCCUCUCUCCUGGGCGAUCUGGCCUUCCAGGACCCGCCUCUAGGCGCACUCACGUCGCUGCAGCGCCUGCAGCUGGCCGACAACCUCUUCUCAGGCUCCAUCCCCGACUCACUCUCCUCCAUCCGCAGCUUACAGCUCGCCGACAACCUCUUCUCGGGCUCCAUCCCUGACUCGCUCUCCGCCAUCCGUAGCCUCCAGGUGAGGUCAACUGAGGUGCACGCAGGAGUGACCAGAGUCCACCUCCCUGCAGUGCAGCUGCCCGUCAACCUCUUCUCUCACGAACCGUCUCUCCAUCCCCGCCUCCCUCUCUCCAUCCCCGCCUCCCUCUCUGCCAUCCCCGCCUCCCUCUCUGCCAUCCCCGCCUCCCUCUCUGCCAUCCCCGCCUCCCUCUCUGCCAUCCCUGCCUCCCUCUUUGCCAUCCCCGCCUCCCUCUCUGCCAUCCCCGCCUCCCUCUCUGCCAUCCCCGCCUCCCUCUCUGCCAUCCCCGCCUCCCUCUCUGCCAUCCCUGCCUCCCUCUUUGCCAUCCCCGCCUCCCUCUCUGCCAUCCGCAGCCUGCAGGUGAAAGUCCACCUCCCUGCACUGCAGCUGCCUGACAACCUCUUCUCGGGCUCCAUCCCCGACUCGCUCUCUUCCAUCCACGGCCCGCACUGCGUUGGUGCUAGAGCUAGCCAGCAACGACUUGGAUGGCAUCAUCCGGCCCACACUCUUCGCCACCCUGCCCUCUCUGUCCCCCUCUCUGUCCCCCUCUCUGUCCCCCUCUCUGUCCCCCUCCCUGUCCUCCUCCCUGCCAUCCUCCGUUUCCCCCUGUCCCCUCCUCAGGUGCUAGAGCUAGCCAACAACGAUCUCGACGGCAUCAUACCACCAACUCUCUUCUCCAACCUCCCUUCCCUCGCCACCGUCGACCUCAGUGACAACACCCUCUCGGGCCCUCUGCCCCAGGACGUGUCAGCCAUGCAGUCGCUGCUCUCGCUGGACGUCAGUGGUAACCGCCUCGAGGGGCCGCUGCCGGACAAUCUGUCGCAGCUGCGCCAGGUGUCGCAGCUGGUGCUGGAUGGGAAUAAGGGGUUAAGUGGAUCGCUCAGUCCUGCUGUGCUGGGGUCCCUUCCCUCUCUCCAGGUGCGUGCGCCUGUGUGUGCUGAACCAGGUGUCACAGCUGGUGCUGGAUGGCAACAAGGGGCUCUCUGGGUCGUUGAGUCCUGCCGUACUGAGGUCCCUUCUCUCGCUGCAGGUGUGUCAGUGUGUGUGUGA